AUGACAGUCGUAUGGUAUGAUACAUGGGAUGAAGAUAAAUUAUCGAAUUUAAUCGAAGAUGCUGUAUUCAAGUAUCCCAAUACACGACGUGCCACAUUGGAAGAAUUACGUGCAUUUGUUCAAGAGAAAAAUUUUGUAAGCCGUGAUGCUGUCGUUCAACUCAGUUUCGAAAAUCAACAAGUCAAAUAUAAACAAGCGGCAAAUAAUUUGCUAGAAAAUUGCUGUCCAUUAUAG